AUGAGCGAACAAGCCCGCCAAGAAUGGGACAACGAGAAGAGAGAAGCGAGAGAAAGGCUUAGAAAGUGUCGGAGCAAAGUGGGUUUUGUUUCGCUUUGUAACGGUUUCGUAUGUUCGCACAUUUCAGCUUCGAGAAUUUAACGAGGAUCAGUUCAAGGUGGCCAGAGGGCAGCACACGAAGGCUUUGACCAACUUUUUCGAACUCGAGAGACGACAAGCCGAGGGAUGGCAUCGACAAACGACAGAAAAUAGGCAAGAGCUACACUCCCUCGAGAAGAGGAUUGCAGACCUCAAGAUGCACGCGAGCGUAUAUCGGCAGAAUAUUCUGAUCACUCGAGACAGUAGUCAAAAGAGCAGUGAGCAGGCACAGCUGUUGUCGCUCAUCAAACGAGAUUCCGUCUGCGUUCAGAAGAAGCUCGAGCGACUUGCGUCAAUUGUGAGUUGAAUCCCCAAACUCGAAUAAAAAAACAAAUUAAAUGCUCUAUUUGAACAGGUCAAGAAAAAAGAGCACAAGCUUCUGCUUCUGAUUCAGUUAGUCAUCGACAAGUUGAAAAGCAUCUGCAAUUGUCUUUUGUUGGAUGUGAAGAAACUGAAGGACAUUUCUAAUGAAACCAGGAAACAAGUGAGUCUUCACAAAAGCUCCCACUAGCAUUACCCCUUCAAUUCAGAAAAUAUGCCAACAAGUAGACGACCUUGUGAUGGAUGUCUUUGACCAAUUAGAAAUUCUACACACCGAAUGCGAGACACACGAAUGCGAAUGCGAGACGAUCGGGGUAGAAAUGAGUGGGCGGUAGAAAAUGAUUGAUCUUUCGGUUUUCAGAGCGAAGGAGACAGCUAUCCUGAAAUGAAGACAGUGAUUGGAGUGAGUUGGAGAGAAGUUUUGAAGCUUCUGAAUUCGAUAUGA